AUGCAAUCUAUUCUAAUCCUUACUCUUGCUGCUAUUGCUUGUAUACAUGCAGUACCAACUACUGAAAUCGUUGAUAAAGUAUGGGCUGAACCACGAGGAUCUACAUUAACAGAAGGUAUCAAAUGUAUAUUUCUUGUUGGUCCAUUCGAUUGUGCUAAAGCUAAAGUUGAUGCUGAUAAUGCUGGUCAAGCAGCUCGAGAUUUAUAUCCAGAGAAUACAUUACAUAAUGGAAUUGGUGAUGCAUUUCGUCAUUGUUAUUGGAAUGCUUUAAUGACAAUUAGUAUUGGUCGUGAUCAAGCCAAGAAACUUGCUGAUCUUCAUGAAGAUAAUAAUACAGAAGGACCAUUAGGGGAACGUGUAAUGGAUUUAAAAAAUAAUGAAAUCGGUCGACAAGUUGGUAAUGACUUCAAAUCUGCUGAUGGAGCAAAAGCUAGAUGUCAAGAACAUGUUAGUACUGGUCAUUUACAAUUACAACCAUAG